AAUAGUUAAUCAUUCGGCAUGCGUGACGACACGCGUCUUAAGGAUGUAAAACUUUGUAGAAAACAAAAGAAAAUUAGUUUACUUACGGUCCGUGCGCGCUUAUGCGCCGCAGGUAGGGGCGUGCAUGACCACAAGCCGGAGGGGACGGGAGAGACACAAGGACCACCGCGAGGCCCGCUAUAUAAGCUUAGUAGUGCAAGUGAAUUUUAUCAGUUACCCAUCACCAAAACGACAAUGUUUUUCAAGUGCCUGGUAGUCGUUUUUGGCGCGACAUGCGUUUGGGCACGGACCACGGGCACGCCCGAACAAAAUUCUAUAGUCGAUGACACGCCGCGCGCAUCCGACAACACCCCUUCGUACUUGAGUGACUUGCGGUUCGUGUACAAAGUGUAUCAGGAAUGUGCCGCCACCGAUCUCUCGUCGUGCCUCAAGCUGAAGCUGCUGGCUGCCCUCGACAGAGCCUCCAGGACGUACAAUUUAGAACUCUUCGAAGGAUUUAACUUCGUCAAGGAUACCAAAGGUACCGACGAGGAAGAUAGUCCGAAAUCCGAAGAAGAAAUCGAAGCGAACCUUCCUCGUUCGUUGAACGAGAGGGAAGCAACUCUGGAUGGAAUGAUUGCGGAUAAAGUCGGGUCGUUCCUCGGCAGCCACUCUUUGCAAAUAAAGCUGCCUUCUUCUUCCGACCUCGCUCGCAGCUUUAACGGGGAGGAACGCGGGAAAAAGAACAGGAGAGGUGGAUACAUGAUGUUGCUGCCUCUGAUACUGGGAGGGACCAUGGUGCCUCUAGCUUUAGGCGCGCUUGCGUUGCUAGCCGGCAAAGCUCUAAUCGUUUCCAAGCUCGCUUUGGUGUUGGCCGGCAUCAUAGGCCUGAAAAAAUUGCUGUCUUCCGGACAUUCCGGUCACCACGACUCCGGGCACGUGGAGGUCGUUUCCGGUCACGGAUCCGGCUGGGGUAGGUCGUACAACAAGGAGGACGCUCAGAACUUGGCGUACGAAGCGUACGCGCCCAAGAAGGACAGAUAAAUGUCCUCGAUUAAUUUAACUUUAUUUAAAUUAUUUAUAUAAAUUUAGGAAUAAACGUUUUUGUACAGUA